UUUAAAAGUAAAAUUCGUGUUCUUUUACGAGUGACAUUAGAAUAAAUUAAAAAAAAAAUUUAAUUUUUUUUUAAUAAAUAGAUUCGCAUUUGAAAUACUUUCCAAAAAAUGUCAACUAAUCAAAAUAAUGCUGCGGGUACCUCAGCAGCAGCUCGAACAUCGAAUGAAGUUCCACCUAUUGCCAAACAUCGCUUACAAAAAGAAUUGGCGGAAAUAAUUAAACAACCGCCACCAAAUUGCAGUGUGAACCUUAAAAAUGAUGACAUAUCCCAUUGGUCAGCAACACUACAAGGACCACCAGGCACAGUAUAUGAAGGUGGCACUUUCGAGUUGGAUAUCUUGUUUGGCCCUAAAUAUCCCUUUAAGCCACCGAAAAUUCGUUUUGUAACGAAAAUUUAUCACUGUAACAUCAAUUCGGAAGGUUAUAUUUGCGUGGACAUCUUAGGACCCAAAUGGACACCAGCGUUUUCUUUAUCAACAAUUUUGGUUUCUAUUACAGCUUUACUAUCGAACUGUAAUCCAAUGGACCCAAUUGUUUCUGAUAUAGCUCUAAAUUACAUAGAACAUAGAGAGGCUCAUGAUGAAGUUGCACGCGCUUGGGUUAAAAAAUAUGCCAUGCCAUCAGAUGAAUCUUAGUUUGAAUCAAAAUACAAUUAAAAUUUCUUUCUUAGUUCGAUAAUGUAUUUCAGUUUAAAUAU